CCGGCGGGCGGGCCCUGGCGCGGCGCGGCGGCCUCGCGGUGCCUAGGCUGGGGCUGUUGGACUGUGAGGCGCUGAGUCGCGCGGACAGAGCCGGGCAAGAGCGGCCGGUGGCGGCAGGAUGAACAGCAUCAAGAACGUGCCGGCGCGGGUGCUGAGCCGCAGGCCGGGCCACAGCCUGGAGGCCGAGCGCGAGCAGUUCGACAAGACUCAGGCCAUCAGCAUCAGCAAAGCCAUCAACACCCAGGAGGCCCCCGUGAAGGAGAAGCACGCCCGGCGCAUCAUCCUGGGCACACACCACGAGAAGGGGGCUUUCACCUUCUGGUCCUAUGCCAUCGGGCUGCCGCUACCCAGCAGCUCCAUUCUCAGCUGGAAGUUCUGCCAUGUCCUCCACAAGGUCCUUCGAGACGGGCACCCCAAUGUGCUGCAUGACUGCCAGCGGUACCGCAGCAACAUCCGGGAGAUCGGAGACCUGUGGGGACAUUUGCAUGACCGGUACGGACAGCUGGUGAAUGUCUACACCAAGCUGCUGCUGACCAAGAUCUCCUUCCACCUCAAGCAUCCCCAGUUUCCCGCAGGCCUGGAAGUGACAGACGAGGUAUUGGAGAAGUCAGCUGGGACCGAUGUCAACAACAUCUUCCAGCUCACUGUGGAGAUGUUUGAUUACAUGGAUUGUGAGCUGAAGCUUUCUGAAUCAGUUUUCCGACAGCUCAACACAGCUAUUGCCGUAUCCCAGAUGUCCUCAGGCCAGUGCCGCCUGGCCCCGCUCAUCCAGGUUAUCCAGGACUGCAGCCACCUCUACCACUACACAGUCAAGCUCCUGUUCAAGCUACACUCUUGUCUCCCUGCAGACACCCUGCAAGGCCACAGGGACCGGUUCCAUGAGCAGUUUCACAGCCUCAGAAACUUCUUCCGCAGAGCCUCUGACAUGCUGUACUUCAAAAGGCUCAUCCAGAUCCCCCGGCUGCCCGAGGGACCGCCUAACUUCCUGCGGGCCUCAGCCCUGGCUGAGCACAUCAAGCCAGUGGUGGUGAUCCCCGAGGAGGCCCCGGAGGACGAGGAGCCGGAGAAUCUCAUUGAGAUCAGCACGGGGCCCCCCGCGGGGGAGCCAGUGGUGGUGGCUGACCUCUUCGAUCAGACGUUCGGACCCCCCAAUGGCUCCGUGAAGGACGACAGGGACCUCCAGAUUGAGAGCUUGAAGAGAGAGGUGGAAAUGCUCCGCUCUGAGCUGGAGAAGAUCAAGCUGGAGGCCCAGCGGUACAUCUCGCAGCUGAAGAGCCAGGUGAACGCGCUGGAGGGCGAGCUGGAGGAGCAGCGGAAGCAGAAGCAGAAGGCCCUGGUGGACAAUGAGCAGCUCCGCCAUGAGCUGGCCCAGCUGAGGGCUGCCCAGCUGGAGGGCGAGCGGAGCCAGGGCCUGCGUGAGGAGGCUGAGAGGAAGGCCAGUGCCACGGAGGCACGCUACAACAAGCUGAAGGAAAAGCACAGUGAGCUCGUCCAUGUGCACGCGGAGCUGCUCAGGAAGAACGCAGACACAGCCAAGCAGCUGACGGUGACGCAGCAAAGCCAGGAGGAGGUGGCGCGGGUGAAGGAGCAGCUGGCCUUCCAGGUGGAGCAGGUGAAACGGGAGUCAGAGUUGAAGCUGGAGGAGCAGAGCGACCAGCUGGAGAAGCUCAAGAGGGAGCUGGAGGCCAAGGCCGGAGAGCUGGCCCAUGUGCAGGAGGCCUUGAGCCACACACAGCAGAGCGAGUCGGAGCUGAGCUCACGGCUGGACACGCUGAGUGUGGAGAAGGACGCGCUGAGUGGAGCUGUGCGGCAGCGGGAGGCAGACCUGCUGGCAGCGCAGACCCUGGUGCGCGAGACAGAGGCAGCGCUGAACCGGGAGCAGCAGCGUAGCUCCCGGGAGCAGGGCGAGUUGCAGGGCCGGCUGGCAGAGAAGGAGUCUCAGGAGCAGGGGCUGCGGCAGCGGCUGCUGGAUGAGCAGUUUGCAGUGCUGCAGGGUGCUGCUGCCGAGGCCGCAGGCAUCCUGCAGGAUGCUGUGAGCAAGCUGGACGACCCCCUGCACCUGCGCUGUACCAGCUCCCCAGACUACCUGGUGAGCAGGGCCCAGGAGGCCUUGGAUGCCGUGAGUGCCCUGGAGGAGGGCCACGCCCAGUACCUGACCUCCUUGGCAGUGGUCCCAGUGCUAGUGUCUCAGUGUCAUCCUCCCCCAACCUUGGCCCCACCCACCCGCACAGACGCCUCCACCCUGGUGGCAGCCCUGACCCGCUUCUCCCACCUGGCUGCGGACACCAUCGUCAAUGGAGGUGCCACCUCCCACCUGGCCCCCACCGACCCUGCCGACCGCCUGAUAGACACCUGCAGGGAGUGUGGGGCCCGGGCUCUGGAGUUCAUGGGGCAGCUGCAGGACCGGCAGGCUCUGCGGCACAUGCAGGCCAGCCUGCUGCGGACACCCCUGCAGGGCAUCCUUCAGCUGGGCCAGGAACUGAAACCCAAGAGCCUAGAUGUGCGGCAGGAGGAGCUGGGGGCCAUGGUUGACAAGGAGAUGGCGACCACGUCUGCAGCCAUUGAAGAUGCUGUGCGGAGGAUCGAGGACAUGAUGAACCAGGCACGACACGCCAGCUCAGGGGUGAAGCUGGAGGUGAACGAGAGGAUCCUCAACUCCUGCACAGACCUGAUGAAGGCCAUCCGGCUCCUGGUGAUGACAUCCACUAGCCUGCAGAAGGAGAUCGUGGAGAGCGGCAGGGGGGCAGCCACGCAGCAGGAAUUUUACGCCAAGAACUCGCGUUGGACCGAAGGCCUCAUCUCGGCCUCCAAGGCUGUGGGCUGGGGAGCCACGCAGCUGGUGGAGGCGGCUGACAAGGUGGUGCUUCACAUGGGCAAGUAUGAGGAGCUCAUCGUCUGUUCCCAUGAGAUCGCGGCCAGCACGGCCCAGCUGGUGGCGGCCUCCAAGGUGAAGGCUGAUAAGCACAGCCCCCACCUGAGCCGUCUGCAGGAAUGCUCCCGCACAGUCAAUGAGAGGGCUGCCAAUGUCGUGGCUUCCACCAAGUCAGGCCAGGAGCAGAUUGAGGACAGAGACACCAUGGAUUUCUCUGGCCUGUCCCUCAUCAAGCUGAAGAAGCAGGAGAUGGAGACCCAGGUGCGUGUCCUAGAGCUGGAGAAGACGCUGGAGGCUGAACGCAUGCGGCUAGGGGAGUUGCGGAAGCAACACUACGUGCUGGCUGGGACACCGGGCAGCCCUGGCGAGGAGGCGGCCAGCCAGCCCAGCGCUGCCCCCCGAAGUGUAAUCACCAAGAAACCACCCCUGGCCCAGAAGCCCAGCGUGGCCCCCAGACAGGACCACCAGCUUGACAAAAAGGAUGGCAUCUACCCAGCUCAACUUGUGAACUACUAGGCCCUCCAGGGGUCCAGCAGGGCAGCUGGAAGACAGGCCUGGGCCUCUGCGACUGCCCUGACAGGACCAAGGGGCCUCGCCCCUCCACCUGGUGCCCAAGCCUCCUGCCCCACCGUCCCGAUCAGUGUCCUCAAGGCCCCUGGCCCUUACUGAACCUGCAGGGGCCUGGGCCACGUGGGUGGUGCUUCUGGAUGUGAGUCUCUUAUUUAUCUGCAGAAGGAACUUUUGGGUGCAGCCAGGACCCAGUAGGCUUGAGUGUCAACUAUUCAGGAAAUGAGUGUUUUUAAUAUUCCGAGCUAGAGCUCUUCUUCCUACGUUUGUACUCAGCACACUGGGAAACGGGGCCAGUGUGGAGCUCCCUGCCUUCCGGACUCCUGAAGGUUGUGGAUGGACGGAAGGCACACAGACCGUGCUGGCUAAUGGGAUGAGGGUCAGGCAUCCUGUCUGUGGCCUUCUGGGGCACCGAUUCUACCCGGCCCUCCAGCUGCGUGGCCUCCGCAGACCAGGCUCUGGGUGGGCUGGAGGAAUGUUGCCCAUUACUCCUCAGGCCUGGCCCUUGGGCCUCCGUGAUGGGAGCCCCCAGGAGGGGUCAGAUGCUGGAAGGGGCCGCUUUCUGGGGAGCGAGGUGAGACAGCGGCCCAGGCGCUGCCUUUACUCCUGGAGUUUCCAUUUCCAGCUGGAAUAUGCAACCACCCCCAUUUCCUGUUUUCCAUUCCCCCGUUCUGGCCGCGCCCCACUGCCCACCUGAAGGGGUGGUUUCCAGCCCUCCGGAGAGUGGGCUUGGCCCUAGGCCCUCCAGCUCAGCCAGAAAAAGCCCAGAAAUCCAGCUGCUGCACCGGGGCCCUCAGGGAGGGGACCCUGCAGCUACAGCGAGCUGGGCCCUGGCUUUGCCCAUCAGAUUUGAACAAAUGUGUGUCCCUUGAGCCCGAGGGGAGCGGCAGGAGGGGUGGGACCAGGCUGGGAGGACAGAGCCAGCAGCUGCCAUGUCCUCCUGUCCUCACCCCCGCCCCAGGCCCCAGGCCCCAGGCCCCAGGCCCCAGGCCCCAGCCCCUUAGCCCUUCACCCUGUGCUCUGGAAAGGCUACCAAAUACUGGCCAAGGUCAGGAGCAGUAAAAAUGAGCCAGAACCAGCCCCUUGGCUUUGUGUUAGCAUUUCCUCCUGUUGAAGUGUUGUGUUGGCAAUAAAAUGCACUGACUGUUGUCA